AUGACACUGACUACAUUACUACGGCCAAAUAGCAAGGCCUCGUACAAGAGAACACACUAUACACCGCUUAUCCCUAAGAAAUCAGGUUUACAAUUGGAUAACACCACUACAUGUGCUAAUACAACGGCGUCCACGCCGCACCAUGCUAGUAUGGUGGUCAGGACGUCCAAGAGGUGGAUAUUACCACCAAGACCAAGGCCUGGCAGAAAGACUGUUUCGUCGUGCACGGCAAACUCGGGGACUAACCUCGUCAAUAACACACACCUCCUCAAGAAGAGAUCGCACAGUAUUCAUACAUCGACACCCGCUAAUAACAACAGCACGAGUGCCACGCACACAAAGAAGAGGAACUCAGCGGUGGGGAAGUUGGCCGCCACGGGGGCCUUUGCCCCAGCACCGGAGUUGAACUACUUGGCGUUCUUGAAAUUCGACGAGGACGCAGCACAGACGCCCACAGAUACGUGUGCUGCUGCUGCUACUAAUGCUACACAAGCGGUGAAGAGGGACUCCGUGGUGACGAGAAUUGGGUCCCCCAUGGCUACAAUGGUGUGUCCAUCCCCAAGGGCCCUCACAAAGCAGCACUACGACGGGCCAGAACUGUCCACCUCGUCAUCCCUAUCAGCAUCAACCAUCGCAUCGCCCGUGGACUCCUCGCAGUUGGAGGCCACGGGGGCGUCGAAGAAGUCGGUCGCAUCAUCGAUAGCCACAGCGGCAGACCUCGGGUCCCUAGACUUCCAGAAGUUCAGCGAUUUCCCACAACCAGAGGCACUCGAACCGGGACUGGACACAGAAUUGGACACCGCCACGGGGACGAGCAAGAAAUCUACAACAAUAUCUGGAAGUUCUUGCCCCGCUACAACAACAGCAACAGCAAAACGGCCACAGAAAAUACAUUGGACCCGAUCACAGGCGGACCCAGCAGCAGCGACUACUUCUACGUCGCACCGUCCCUCGAGGAACUGA